AUGGAUGAAGCACUUACAAAGCCAAGGAAUGUCACACAUACUAUGUACAAGUUAUAUGGUUGGUUACAAACGGGAGUGGUUGACUUGAGCCCUGAAUUUCAAAGAGAUGUAGUAUGGCCAAUAACAAAGCAGUCACAUCUAAUUGACUCUGUACUUAACAACUAUUAUAUUCCACCUGUAAUCUUCUCUUGCAAAAUUCUGGAUGAUAAUAGAAGAUGGGUUCGUGUUUGUAUUGAUGGUAAACAACGUCUUACUUCUAUCAAAAAUUUCAUGGACAACAAAAUCUCCCACAUUAACCCUGCUAUUGGUAUUAAAUCUAAGCGCUUUUAUGAUGAUCCCAAUCAUACUUCUUUAACAGAAGCAGAACGUGAAAUAUUUGAUUGCUCUGAGCUUCUUUGUGUUGAAUACUAUGAUCUUUCUUUGCAACAAGAACAAGAAAUUUUCAGUCGUGUGCAACUGGGAGUUGCAUUAACUCCUGCUGAAAAACUUCAGGCUAUUAGCAGUCCAAUAAGUGAUUUCGUUCAUGCAGUCUACAAUAAAUAUUCUACCCUUUCUUCCAUAGUGGAUAAUAAACGUGCUCGGCCUUUUCAACUUAUUGCACAAUCUUUACACAUGAUUGAAACCAAACCAGAAAAAUUUAAUGCUACUCCCAUCACAAUUGCUAAAUACUUGAAAGAAGAUCGUGAAGUCCCUAGAAGUCUCAAAGCAUUGAUUAAACAUGUUUAUACAAUCAUAGAGGAUAUGAUUAAAGUUAAUGCUGAAUUAUUCCAUCGUAAUCAUAAACUAUCUCCAGUAGAAUUUGUCUUUUUAACCUAUAUGAUUGCCAAAUUACCAAAGUUACAACUCUAUCAGUAUCAAAAAUGUCUUUUAUCUAUGAGGGAACAUGUUUGGGACAAGCAUGAUGAAGUCAGAUUUAAUUCUAAGGUCUUUAACACAUUGAAAGUGUUUAUCGAUAAUUUGGAAUAUGAAUUCACUUCAAAUCACAAAAUUAACUCAAAAAAUUUUAAUCCUUCAAGUAAUAUUUAUGAUACUUCAGCUUCAUCAUCUAGCCGAGGAUCAUCUAGCCGAGGAUCAUCUAGCCGAGGAUCAUCUAGCCGAGGAUUAUCUAGCCGAGGAUCAUCUAGCCGAGGAUUAUCUAGCCGAGGAAGUAAAAGAGUAAAAAUUUCAGAAUAUUAA